AUGAAGACAGAAAGUGUCUUUUCUCAGUACCAUCGGAGACAACGAGCCAUUCAUCGCCUUGUUGAGCAAUUAUCUACUGGAAAGGUGGUUAUUGGAUUUGACAUCCUCAACAAGUACCUGAUUCCUACCAUUUUGCCAUAUCUUGCUAACACGGAGAGCAAACUUUCUGAACUAGUUUGUAUAUUUGUAGCGUUAUCGGAUGAGGGUCUUAGCCUCCUGAACUACACCAUGGGAAUCGCAACUUGGUCGAAGUAUGUGGCAUGUUUGGAUUCGUGGUUGAAGCACCUGGACAAAUCUGAGGAGAAUCAGAAAGCGACCAUUAGAGUGAUAGUUGCGGUUGUGGAAGCAUUCCAUUAUGACGUUGCUGAUGUUGGAGAAGUUGUUAAUGAAGAGGGCACGAAUGGAACCCGAGUAGUUAUACGAGACAAGCUAAAUCGAGAGAUACUGCCAAAGCUCACCAAGUGCAUUAAUGGGAAGUCUGCCGAACUAAGUGUCCAUCGGAAGGCUCGUACAGCUGCUACUAAACACUAUAGCGAGGAUGACGAUAUCAAAAGAGCGCCAGUCGCUUUAGCUACCGUGAAGCUGUUGCAGAAAGUCCCCGACAGCAUUCGUUCCCAAUAUCUCCACGGAGUGAUUUUGAAACUGUGCUCUUUGAUGAUUUCACGAUCGAUGAAUGUUCGCGAAACGGCUCGAAAAGUUGGGGUACAAGUCUGUGAGUGCCUUGGGCCACGCUAUCUCCCUGUAAUUAUAAAGGAGAUGAAGCUCAUAAUGAAGAAAGGGUUCCAGAUUGUUGUGCAAGAGCAAUUCGAAGCUGUUUCCGAAGAGAAAGAAAUUGGACAGAUCAAGGCCGAAGUUAGUGAAGCUAAAAAGAAUCCGACGCCUGGAACGAUGCUCUUACUCGGUCGCUACGUCUCUCCUUCAGUUGUCGGCACCUUGCUGAAUCGUUUCGUUGCCAUCGUGGAAUCCCUAACUUCGGCAAAGAUGAUCUCUCGCGCAAGAAAUCUCUUGUCUAUGUUUGCUAAUGGUCUCAAAGAUAAUCAAGGAUUCUCUCCAUCAUCACAACUUAUUUUCAUUCACCAAGUAAUAGUGUCGAAUAUCGAAAAAAUGAGGGUUACACCAGACAGCCAACAACCAUCGGACGAAUUCUUGGAGAAACCGACGUGUUGCCUGCUUUUGCCACCGGUUAGUGUUGUCAUGAAUGAACCAAAACGGAUUGGUGUUCUAGUGAAACCGGUCCUCAAAAGUCGCUCACAUAUUUUCCUCGAGUUCGCUCUCCAGCUGCUCGGAGCUCUAAUCACAGGCAAGCAUUUCGAUCGAAAUGAACCGGACCAUGUACGUCGCUUGGAUCCAUUUGUUCCUUUGGUGACGCAGAGCCUUGAAUUCAAAUAUGAAAAGGCGAGUGAUUUCCAAUGCUCUUCGAUGCUUGAUCGGCUAUUUUUGUUGCUGUCAGAGUAUUCGAUUUUGGGUAGUGCAGCUAACAAGGAAUCUGUCAUCAAUCUAAAUCAGCUUCUAUGCAAGGCAUUUACACAACUGAUUAUCGCUUCGAAUGCUUCAUUUCUUACUAACAAACAUAUUUCACUCCUGCUAAGCUACGUGGAAAUAGACAUAUUGGACUCGAGUCGCCAGGCCACAGCCUUCGCUUUAAUAAAGGCGUUUGUGCGAAAGAAGGUCCAACACCCACAGAUACUGGAUGUUAUGAAAAAGCUCAGAGAACUUUCGAUCACGUCGCCAUUUCCCCAUAUUCGAACCCAGUGCAGAGAGGUGCUAUGCGAUUUCAUUGGAAAUCAUCCGAGUUCUGACGAUCCGCAGACCCAUAUUGAAUGGUUUAUCGCUCAACUCGACUACGAGCUUGAAGAUGGUCGCUUGAGUGCAGUGGAUAUGCUGAAUAGCUUAUUUUCCAAGCUUGAACCAACUGUAUUGAAUGGAUCGUGUUUUUUCAAUGUCUCCAAAAUGGGAACAUCACUGUUCAACGAGGAGAGCGUCAAGUGUCGUCGAUUCAUCACAGCAGCACUGAACAAAUUACUGUCAUCGGUUAGCGAAUCAGCUCGUUCUGAUGUAUUCUCGGCGUGCUGUGACUGGCUCGAAUUACGAGGAGAAGAACAGGAAGGAGCUCGCUUUAUUGGGAUGGAUUUGGUCGCUCAAAUUAGUAAAGUUGAAGGUGAAGCAUUUGCUUCCCGAUUUUCUGCUAUUCUUCCAUCUCUACGGGCGAUUAUAACAUCAGAGUCGCUGUGGUCUGAUAAUAGCGAGCGGACAAUUUCUGAAUUCUGUUAUGGUAUGGCGUUAGUGUUACAGAAUUUGGGCGCAUCUGUUGGGGAUAUUCUCGCUUCGGAGGAUUUCAGUGCAAUUUUUGACGCUCUGGGACCUUUGAUGAAGUGUGAUGGAUCCGAAAUGGUCCGCUUAUCCGCUGGAUGCCUCAUAGGACAAUGCCUCAGUAAAUACGACAGCGCUUUUUUCACUGUGGAACGAUCAAUCCAGAUAAUAAAGUGGUGCUGUUGGCAGUUGCGUGAUAAGCUCUUAAAUGAGCAAGUCGCCCUUCAGGCAUCGAAGAUUCUGAUGGCCAUUUCUCACCAUUUGGAUAAGGAGCAGUUUACUUCUUUGGUGGAGAAGCUGGCGAGCAUUUGCCGUUUUGAGAUUGUUCGUCAGCCCAAUGAAUCGUUGAAGCGCUCUACUUGCUUCAAAAUGGCCGCUGCUCUUGUUAUCCACGAAGAAGACUCUUCGAAAGUAGACGUCACAGCGAACCAUUUCCUUCCUCUGCUGGUUCGUGAAAUGAACAGGAAGUCGUCCAAAGAUACCGAAGAGCUCUAUUCUAUGUCCAUGGAAGUGGGUGAAGUUUUUAAAUCGAAAAUGGGCGAACAGCGAUACGCAAAUCAGCUGGCGGAAUGCCAAAAAGCUGCGGUCAUCAAAGCUGAACUACGGAAGCGGAAGGCUAAGGUGAUUAAGCUGUUUUCAGUAAACAUAUUUUGCGCACUGCAAAAUUUUUGUUUCUGCUCGAACUAG